AUGAAAAGGCCUGUUAUUGAUGGUGGUGGUGCAUUUAAUGAUACUAUUCGUCAGAUUCUAGAUACAUUUAUGUCAUUAGAAAAUCCUGAAUAUGGUGGUAAUGGCCGUUUGUUCACUGGCGAUAGUUCUAAAUUAAUCAGUUCAACUGCUCCAAUAAGCGUUCUGGAUGAACUUAAUAUAUUUGGAGAUAUUCUAUUUUUGGCUAUAAUUCAUGAAGCUCCAUUUCCUGUAGAUUUAGAUAUUAUUCUGUUUAAAUACUGUCUAGAUCUUGAAAGUACUAUUACUCUAAAGGAUGUUGAAAGAUUCAAUCCCGUAAUGUAUAACCUUGCCAGAAAUGUUUUAAAUGCUGAUCCAGAUGUUGAUUUGUCUACUAUUGAUGGUUUUGAUCAAUGGGCUGAAGAUAAAGAAAUAUCUGUUAUUAAAGAAAAACAAAUCGGAAUUGACCAAAUAAAAGAUUAUUUUUAUCAGGAAUCUAUAACAUAUGAGGAUAUUAUCCAAAAGUUAGUUUUUGCCCCACCUCAUUUAAAUAGACGUCAAAACAUGGUCAGGAAUUGGUUUAAUGAAUGGUUACGAACACAACGAAAGGAAGAAUUACAAGAAUUUUGCAGAUUAGCUACUG